AUGUUCAACUUUAGACGACUACUCGUCUCUGCCGCCCUGCUCUUCGGAGUCGGGCUGGUGCUCUUCUCGCAGACCGCCGAGGCCGCCAAGGGACCCAAGAUCACCCACAAGGUCUACUUCGACAUCCAGCAUGGCGACGAGAACCUCGGCCGCGUCGUGAUGGGUCUUUACGGCAAGACCGUCCCCGAAACGGCUGAGAACUUCCGCGCCCUGGCCACUGGCGAGAAGGGCUUCGGCUACGAGGGCUCGACCUUCCACCGCGUCAUCAAGGACUUUAUGAUUCAGGGCGGUGACUUUACCAAGGGCGACGGCACUGGUGGCAAGUCGAUCUACGGUAACAAGUUCAAGGAUGAGAACUUCAAGCUCAAGCACACCAAGAAGGGCCAGCUCUCCAUGGCCAACGCCGGACCUGACACGAAUGGCUCUCAGUUCUUCAUUACCACCAUCAUCACUUCGUGGCUCGAUGGCCGUCACGUCGUCUUCGGCGAGGUCCUCGAGGGCUACGACAUCGUCGACAAGAUCCAGAACGUCAAGACUCAGCCCGGCGACAAGCCUGAGAAGACGGUCAAGAUUGUCAAGAGCGGCGAGCUGGAGGUUCCUCCUGAAGGCCUACAAGGACAGGCGGACUGGGCCAGCGGCGCCGCCCCGUCUGACAACUCGGCAACGGUCGGAGCUGGCGGCAGCGCCGCCGCCGGUUGGUCUUAUGUUGAGAAGCUGAUGCUGUUUGGUGUCCUUGUCGCCGUCAUUGCCGUCUUUGUUCGCCUGACCAAGCAGAGGACAAAGAACGACGUUGGUUAUGAGAAGACUAUGGCUUAG